AUGCCGUCUUUGACUGUUGCUCUUGCGAGCGUGCUCGCUCUUGUUCCUUCGGCUCUGGCUGGCUGGAACGUCAACUCAAAACAGAACAUUGCCGUGUACUGGGGACAAAACUCGGCCGGCUCGCAAAGCACCCAGCAGCGCCUCUCGUUCUAUUGCAAUGACGCCAAUAUCAACGUCAUUGACAUUGCUUUCCUGAACGGCAUCACUCCCCCCAUGACCAACUUUGCCAACGCCGGCGAUCGAUGCACCCCCUUUUCCGACAACCCCUGGCUCCUGAGCUGCCCCGAGAUUGAAGCCGACAUCAAGACCUGCCAGGCCAACGGCAAAACCAUCCUCCUCUCCCUCGGCGGCGACUCCUACACCCAGGGCGGCUGGUCCUCGGCCUCGGCCGCCCAAGCCGCCGCCGACCAAGUCUGGGCCAUGUUCGGCCCCGUGCAGUCCGGCUCCUCGGCCGAGCGCCCCUUUGGCAGCGCCGUCGUCGACGGCUUCGACUUUGACUUUGAGGCCACGACCAGCAACCUCGCCGCCUUUGGCGCCCAGCUCAAGAGCCGCAGCGGCGCCGCCGGCGGCAAGAAGUUUUAUUUCUCCGCCGCGCCGCAGUGCUUCUUCCCGGACGCGGCCGUCGGCGCGCUCAUCAACGCCGUGCCCAUGGACUGGAUCCAGAUCCAGUUCUACAACAACCCGUGCGGCGUCAGCGGCUUCACGCCCGGCGCCGCGCAGCAGAGCAACUACAACUUCCAGACGUGGGAGGACUGGGCCAAAACGAGCCCCAACCCCAACGUCAAGCUGCUCGUGGGCAUCCCCGCGGGCCCGGGCGCUGGGCGCGGGUACGUCUCUGGCUCGCAGCUCUCGUCUGUGUUCCAGUACUCGAAGCAGUUCAGCACGUUUGCGGGCGCCAUGAUGUGGGACAUGUCCCAGUUGUAUCAGAACAGUGGCUUUGAAGCGCAGGUUGUCAGUGCGUUGGCAUAG